AUUUUAGGUUCUUUGGGAUUGUUCCAUUUUUCAUACAGCACACCAGUAUACAAUGAGCACAGCUGAAGGACCGAAAGCGGUCGUGAUGGAAAACACCGCCCGUAGAGAUACUCUGGUGGCUAUCGAAAAGAAGUACCAAGAAAUUUGGGACUCUGAGAAGCCAUUUGAAAUCGAUGCACCAACUAACGAAGAGGUUGCUUACGGAACAUCAUGGGAAGAACUUCACGAGGAGUAUCCCAAAUUUUUUGCGUCCAUGGCUUACCCCUACAUGAAUGGUGUCUUGCACGCCGGUCACGUUUUCACGUGUUCCAAGGUUGAAUUUGCCAUUGGUUUUGAGAGAUUGAGAAACAAGAAAGCACUAUUUGCCUUGGGUUUUCAUUGUAGUGGUAUGCCAAUCCGUGCUGCUGCUGACAAGCUACAAAGGGAGACAGAGUUGUUUGGUGAUGACUUUUCCGGGUAUGCGAAGGAGUCCCAUGAAACCGCGGAAGUCACUGAAACAGAAACAAACGAAGCUUCUAAGACUGAUCCGACCAAGUUCACUGCCAAGAAGUCGAAGGUUGCCCAAAAGGCAGGUAAUGCAAAAUACCAGUUUGAAAUUAUGCAACAAUCAGGUAUUCCUUUGGAUGAAAUUGCAAAAUUCAAAGAUCCAUACUUUUGGCUUACUUACUUCCCACCUUUAGUCGAAAAGCACGUCAAGUCUUUUGGUGGUAGAGUCGACUGGAGAAGAUCUAUGAUCACCACAGACAUGAACCCCUAUUAUGAUGCCUUUAUUAGGUGGCAAAUGAACAGAUUGCGAGAGUUAGGUAAGAUUAAGUUCGGUAAAAGGUACACCAUUUACUCCGUCAAAGAUGGACAACCAUGUAUGGAUCAUGAUAGACAAUCAGGUGAAGCUGUCCUGCCACAAGAAUAUACAGGUAUCAAGAUUGAAGUCACAGAGUUUACAGAUGCAGCUGCAGAUUACUUCAAAAAGGAAAAUUUCGAUUUGACUGGUAAGAAGGUCUUCUUGGUUGCAGCAACUUUAAGACCUGAAACCAUGUACGGUCAAACAUGUUGCUUUGUUUCUCCAAAAAUCAACUAUGGUGUGUUCAAAGCUUCAGACAACGAAUACUACAUUACUACUGUCAGAGCUUUCAAAAACAUGGCUUAUCAAGAUUUGACUCCUGUCAGAGGUGAUUACACGCCAUCAGUGACAGUCAAUGGUUCUCUCCUUGUCGGUUCCAAAAUUCAUGCUCCAUUAGCUGUCCAUGAAAGCUUAAGAGUUUUACCAAUGGAAACCAUUUUAGAAAACAAGGGUACCGGUGUUGUCACUUGCGUUCCUUCUGAUUCUCCAGAUGAUUAUGUUACCACUAGAGACUUGUUCAACAAACCUGAAUACUAUAAGAUUGAAAAGGAUUGGGUCAUUGAAGAACCUGUUCCAAUCGUCAAUACUCAAAAGUAUGGUGACAAGUGUGCCGAAACUUUAGUGAAAGAAUUGAAGAUUAAUUCUCCAAAGGACACGAACCAAUUAGCAGCCGCUAAGGAACUUGCCUAUAAGGAAGGUUUCUACAACGGUACAUUAAUCAUUGGUAAAUAUAAGGGAGAAAAGGUCGAAGUAGCAAAGCCAAAGGUGAAGCAAGAUUUGAUUGCUUCUGGUGAUGCUUUUGUCUACAAUGAACCUGAGUCCGCCGUUAUUUCAAGAUCAGGAGAUUCUUGUAUUGUCUCUUUGGAAGAUCAAUGGUAUCUUGAUUACGGUGAGGAAAACUGGAAGGAACAAGCUUUAGAAUGUCUUGGCCAGAUGAACACUUUUCACAGCGAAACCAGAAACGCUUUUGAAGGUGUCUUUAACUGGUUAAAAAACUGGGCUCUUUCCAGAACUUACGGUUUAGGUACUAAAAUUCCAUGGGAUGAGAAGUACUUGGUUGAAUCUCUUUCUGAUUCCACUUUGUAUCAAAUGUUCUACACGAUUAACCACUUACUUCAUUCUGAUUUCUAUGGUAAGAAGGUCGGUCCAUUAGGCAUCAAAGCAGAAGAUUUGACUGAUGAAACUUUUGAUUACAUCUUCUGUAGGGGAGAUUCUCUCGAAAACAUCAACAUUCCAAUUGAAAAAUUGAAUUUGUUGAGAAGAGAAUUUGAAUACUUCUAUCCAAUGGAUCAAUCUAUCUCAGGUAAGGAUUUGAUUCCAAAUCACUUAACUUUCUACAUCUACUCUCAUGUUGCUUUGUUGAAGAAAACUUUCUGGCCAGCAGGUAUCAGAAGUAACGGUCAUUUGAUGUUAAAUAAUGCAAAGAUGUCCAAAUCAACAGGUAAUUUCAGAACUUUAGAACAAUUAGUUGAAAAAUUUGGCUCAGAUGCUUCUAGAAUUGCCCUUGCCGAUGCAGGUGAUACUGUUGAAGAUGCUAAUUUUGACGAGUCUAAUGCUAAUGCUGCUAUUUUGAGACUUUUCAACUUGAAGGAAUGGUUUGAGGAAAUGGUGAAGUCCAAGGAUGAACUCAGAACUGGUCCUUACAACUUUUUUGAUAAAGCGUUUGACAAUGAAAUGAAUCAAUUAAUCGAAGAAACGUAUAAGAACUACGAUAUCACAUACUACAAAGCGGCUCUUAAAACUGGUUUGUUCGAUUAUCAAUACUCCAGAGAUUUCUAUAGAGAACUUUCGUUAUCUUCAGGUGCAGGCUUACACAAGAGUUUAGUUUUCAAGUACAUUGAAACUCAAUCUUUGUUACUUUAUCCAAUCGCCCCACAUUUCACGGAAUACGUUUAUAGAGAACUUCUAGGAAAGAAGACCUCAAUCAACAACGCCAAAUGGCCCGUUCCUGAAGCAGCUGUUUCGAAUGAAUUAGCUGCAGCCCUAACUUAUACCAGAAACUUGCAACGAAUUAUAAGAGAGUCGGAAGGUAUGGCUCUAAAAAAGAAAAAAGGUGGUAAAUCUGAUGUGGACAAAGAUCAAGACUGUCUAUUAACCAUUUACGUUUGUAAUUCAUUCCCUGAAUGGCAACAAAAGUAUGUUGACAUUGCAAAGAAGUUGUAUGAGGAAGGAAAGUUGGAUGAUAUGAAGAUUGUCAAAGAGAAAAUUGAUGGCAAGGACAUGAAACGUGCUAUGCCAUUUAUCAACGAGUUAAAAAAGCAGUUGGGUGUUGAAAAACCAGAGGAAGUCUUCAACAGAGAGUUGCUAUUUGAUGAACUUGAUGUUGUGAAACAGGCUAUUGAGUCCAUUAAAAAAGCACCAGCCUCUAUUAGUGUUUCCAAGGUUCAAAUUAUCUUUUUUUCCAACGGUUCUACUACAGGGAAAGACAUAGUUUCUGAAGAAGAAAUUUCAAUUCCGCAAAAGGUCAAAUCAAUUGAGAAUGCGGUUCCAGGUCAACCGGCCAUUUUAAUCAAAAAUUUAUAGACUGUUUGCUAAAGCUUUCUAAACUUGAACUAUAUAGUUGUUUCGUUGAGUGUAAGUAAAUCGAUGUAAAUCAACACAAAGAAAGAACAUAGAAUUUUAUUAGCUUUUGGCAGUG